UAAAAGUUCAAACAUUUAAAUGGCACCCCUUCCAAUUUCUUCUACUAAUCCAAAUUUAACAUAUUAACCAGCACUCUUUGGAUAACCCUCCACAUAUUAGCCAAUUUAGACAACAGUACCUAUCUAAUAUCAACCUAUUAAUGCUCCUUUGGCAUAUAGUGUUGCUGCACCUGUUUAACCUGUUGUUUAAUAGAUGAUUGCUCCUCAACCAAUAUUAGCUUAAUCCUAUGUAGCCUAACCAGUGAUUGCUCAACCUGUCUAACAAUCAGUUCAUGUAUUUAUUUUAAAUGAUAAAUAGCCAACAAUCAAAGGAGAAUCAAGAAUUGAGUAUAUUCCUUAUUAAAAACCAAUAACUGAGUAUGAAGAAUAGGAAGUUAUUUAAUAUGUUCCAAGGGAAAGAAAAGUUACAGAUUAUUAUGCUGUUGAAUAUUAAACUGAAUAUAUCCCUCAAGUAUUUUAAGAGAAAUAUACAGGUAACAAGAUAUAUUAAUAUUUUUAGAAUAUGUACCAGUUGAUAGAUACUAAGAAAGAGUUGAAUAUUAUCCAGUUGAAAGAUAAGUAGUUCAUUAACAGGUUGUACAAUAACCAGUUUAAGUUGUUCAAUAACCAGUUUAAGUUGUGCAAUAACCAGUCUAAGUUGUGCAAUAACCAGUUUAAGUUGUGCAAUAACCAGUUUAAGUUGUGCAAUAAUAACAAGUUCAAGUUGUCUAACAACCCGUUUAAUAUGUACAAUAACCAGUCUAAGUUGUAUAAUAACCGGUUUAAGUUUAAUCUAUCUAAACUGUACCUGUAGCAUAUGCCCCAUAAUAUGCUUAGUCUAUUAUUUCUUCUAGAGUGAUUCCAGCUUAUCAACCAUAAUAAUAUUUACCAGCACCUUAAAGGGCAUAACCAUAACCAUAAGUUCCACAAAGAUCGAAUUGAAU